GCCAAUCUUGUGAUAACUUUGGAGCGUACACUCCACAAUUUUCCAUGGUUAUCUCCUCCAACUGUCGACAAAAAAAUCACAAUAAAUUCUAAGGAUCGAGAUACACGACCGUGGUUCACGAAGUUGUGGGAAGCGGUAUAUGAAGAAGAAGUAGACGAUGUAGUGACUAAUGUCACAGAAAAGGAGGAAAAGUUAAAUACAAUCGAAGAGAAAUUGAACGUCUUAUCGGAAAAAUAUGAAAUCAGAGAAAAGAACACUCAGGAACAAGUGAAACAUCUUUCGGAGGUCGGUGAAGCCAGAUGUAAGAAAAUUGAAGAACAAUUAAGCAAGAUUCAAACGAUGUUAGAAAUGAUGAAAAGUAAUGUUGGGCCAGUUGACAAUCAAUGUAAGAAUACUCAUAAGUGA